AUGGAGAAAUCAAGAUUGCAAGAUUCCAAUGACAAUCCUAAAGAAGAAUCGAAUGGAGCAGAGCAACUGAAUGAGGAAGAAUUGGGUAACAGGGACACUUUUUUUGAUGCAGAAAUUGGGGAUUUGUUACCUGUACUGGUGAUGAUGACGCUGGCGAUAAUUAGCUGCCUUCAAAAGUAUCCAGUAGACCUCCGAUCUCAGAUAUGUGAAAAGCGUUUCCUUUCAGAGUGA